CGUAUGAUGAGCCAGUGGUAUGAGAUACGGAAAAUCAAUGACAUUUGACAUUAGUCGUAAACCUUCUGGUAUACAUUACUAAAUUAACAACAUAUAUCUGUAAACCAAUACCAAAAGUGCUUUGUAGAACUCCCAGGAAACUUAUACAUCAUAUUGCAAAAAAGACUAAUUUCAUGUUUUCAUAUUUUGCUUCCAGUUCUGUGAUUUUAAUAACAUUUUGGCAUAUAUCUUCGUCAAUAAUUAAUGCCCAAGAUUCGGAAUGAUGGAUAGUUGCAGAGUUGUGAUUUGUCAAUACUACAAUACCAUAGACGGAAUUUUAAAGAAAUGUAAUAGAAUCAAUAGACACAUCUGGAUACACAAAAUCAACUAAUUAUGGCAGAAGAUCAAGUCUCCUUAAUGAGAGAUAGCCAGUAUGAUAUAGAACUAAGGCGAAAAGGUUCAAUUGACGAAUCCCUCACGGAACAUUCUUACAGAUUUGGCACAAAGUUUUACGACACAAUUACAUAUAGUGAGAGUUUGGACUUUGACAUUUCCUUGUCGGCUCCGGAUCUGCACGAACUUUACCGAUAUCAUGUAUUUUUUUCCCACUGCAAUGAAGAUAAGUUAUGGGUGUGCAGUAUUAUGAACAAACUUGAGUCAGAACCAUAUAAUUACAAGUGCUCUUAUGGAGACUUUCAAAAUGCAAAUAAACUAAGCUUUUUUCAAAGUGCUUUAUGUUCUGCGAUGCUCAGUGAACGAGUAGUUAUUGUGUUAACACCAAAUUAUGUUAAAACCGCUUGGAAAGAAUUCAGAGAAAUAUUACAAAACUUGACAGAAAAAAGUCUUUAUCGACAAAGAAUGUUGGUAGUUUUAUUAAAGGAUUGUAUGAUUCCAGAACCAUUGCAACAACUGGGUUUUUUAGAUGCCAGAGAGAGUGAUUUCUUUCCUUGUUUUGUCAGAUACGUAGGCAGUGAUCGUCUGCCCCGUAGCAGUGAUUCGUUUGCCAGUGAAAUGACAUGCAUCCUGUAUUCGCCUUCAAAUUAUGUGAAUGGUCAAAUACUGACAACUGUAGGACUACAUAUUCGUGGUCACUGGAAAGGAACAAUUAUAUGUCAUGAAGAGGACAAUAUACCGACUCCAUUGUGUUGUCAUGGAGUAAAUGUAAGAUAUGGUGAAUACAUGGAAGUGAUACAAACAUUAUGUCAAGUAAUAGACAGAGAUCUGAUAUUUGAAUUCAUGUUUUCAUUGAGACCAAUCAUAAUCCUUGUGUGUGCAGGUGUCAUUUGGUUGGUAGUGUUUUUAUUCGUUAUGGUGUAUAUUCGGGACGAACCACGACAGAGUGCCUUAGGAAUCAGAUUGAUAGUUUUUACCAUUCCAUUAUUGUUUGUUUUGUACGGUUAUGGUCUCAGAUGGAAACGCCAACUAUUGCAUAAAAAGACAUGUCGUAGAAUGAUGAGAUGCUGUAUAGAUCUAAAUGGAAAGUUUUAUCGAGCUGAAAAACCAGUUUUACUGACCAUUGUAGUUUGUAAAGAUGGAUCUUUUAAUAUACAGUUUGUUUAUUAUUGUAUUGAUGAUUGUACGAUUGAUCUUGAAUUGCUCUUAAACACAUACAACGAAGAAGACGGUGAGAAAUUUAACUCACUGAUUGAAUUAUAUACAAAAUGUCGAGACUUUUUAUCUGAAAAAACACUUGGAGAACAAUUACUGGUAAUGAUUUCUGCUGCAUUUUUACACUGUAUGAUAUUGAAACAGUUACCAAGUUCUACACAAGAACGACAUACAAAUCAAAACAUGUGCCUUUGCCAGUUUGUUGAGAUGGUGAUGGCCGAGUAUUUCCAGUGUCUUUCAAAACUAACAAUAGUUCCAGAUCUAGAAGACGUUUUACGAAAGCGACAUUUUCUCAGUACAGAGAAGACAAAACUCAAAGAUCGACAACAAUCACUUGUAAUCAAUGAAGAAUUCAGCUUUGUUUCUACUUGACACAUCAAAAAUCCCUUGCAGCCAAUGAAAAAUUCAGCUUUUUGUACUUGACACCUCAACAAUCACUUGCAGUCAAUGAAGAACCCAGCGUUGUUUCUACUUGACACAUCAACAAUCAUUUGCAUUUAAUGAAUGAAAAAUACAGCUUUGUUUCCACUUGACACAUGUAUACACAUUUAUAUUUUUACUUAAA